AUGAUUGACUCCGCAACCAUGAGCGGCGCUCCGGUAGCGGAGGAUAAUAUUAUUAAUCGGCGUGGUGGAGAGUCGAUCUAUCAAAGUUGCGUCAAUCUGAAGAGACGACUUUCAGAGGUUCCCAACUUUGAGCCGUACUUGCAGGAAAUGGACGAGGAGGAUCGGGCAAAGGGCAACACCGACCCAGUGUCUUCGUUGUGGCAAUGCCUCCGUAAUGGAUAUCCGCUGCUCAGCAUCUACAAUGCAUCCGGCCCCGAAGAGGAGUUGGUAGUGGACCCGGCGAAGGUGCCGGAGGCCAAGCGCCCCAAGGCCGCAACCUUCAAGUUCCUCCAGGCCUGCUUGCAGGACCUGGCAUUUCCCCAACAAGACUGUUUCUUGAUCACUGAUCUUUAUGGUGAGAGCACGACAGGCUUCAUCAAAGUGAUCAAAAUGGUGAAUCGAGUGGUGGACAUUCUUGAGAUGCAAGGUCAGCUGAAGCAGUCUGAGGUGACUGACGCGCCAGUGGGUGCGCAGGGUGCCGUGAAGCUCACCAAACGCGAGCAUAUCCUGAAGGAGCUUUUGGAAACCGAACGCGAUUACGUUCAUCAUUUGCAGAAUCUCCAGGCGCUCAAGAAAGAGUUAGAAGAGACCGGCGCGCUGACCGGUGACUCCAGCCACCAGAUUUUCUUGAACCUAAACAAUCUCCUGGAUUUUGCGCAGAGAUUCUUGAUCCGGAUGGAACAACAUUAUGCUCUGCCGGAAGAAGUGCAAAAUUGGGGGAAACUCUUUUACUCGCACGAAGAUGCUUUUCGCCAAUAUGAGCCAUUCAUCGCCAAUCAGAUGCGCUGCGAUGAAGUUUGUUUGAAGGAAUGGGAUAAGAUUCGCUCCGCUCCGCGUCAUGUGGACCUUCAGCAGAUGGUUGCUCAGCCGAAAACGCUGAACGGGUUCUUCGUGAAGCCUUUCCAAAGGUUGACCCGAUACCCGCUUAUGUUGAUGGAACUUCGCAAACAAGCCGAGGACCCCGAAAUCCAAUCCGAUAUCACCCAGGCAAUUGAUACCAUCCAGAAUGUCUUGGACCAGGCGAAUGAGGCAAUUCACAAAGAACAUCUGGCUGCGGCAGUCGUCGACCUGGCAGAGAGGGUCGAUGAUUGGAAGUCAUUGAAAAUGGAUGCUUUUGGAGAAUUGCUCCGCUUCGGUACAUUUGCGGUGGUCAAGGGUGAUAGUGGCAAGGAUAAUGAACGAGAGUACCAUAUCUUCCUUUUUGAGCGAAUCCUCCUGUGUUGCAAGGAUAUCAACCCAAACAAGCAAAAGACCAAACUUAUCAUGAGUAAAGAUAAGCCGAGUCUCUUGGCGAAGGGUAAGCCUCGCCUUCAGUUGAAGGGCCGGAUCUACAUGGCCAAUGUGACGGAUAUCGUCUGUCUCCAGAAGCCCGGCCUCUAUCGCAUUCAAAUUUUCUGGAAGGGCGACCCGGGCGUUGUUGACAACUUCAUCAUCCGUUAUUCGAACGAAGACACGAUGCGCAACUGGUACAAGGAUAUCGACACGCAGCGAGCUAUUCAAUCGGAGCGACGUACCCUUAGACACACCGGCACAUCUGACAGCGAAUUCACGUACAUGGAGGGCAUGGCCCACAUGCCCAACCCGUACCAGCAAGAGUACGAUGCGGAUGACGCCCACAAGGACCCAUACUACUCCGAAUUCACCAUGAGUCGCAAUGCCUCAAGCACCAGUUUGCGAACUCGCUCUGCCACCGGAGGCAGUUCGAACUCCGUGCCUCAUUCUAAUGGCCGACCACGCUACGGAACGAAUGAUCCGGCGCUCUCUGUGCAUACCCAAUUCCCCGGCAAUAUGUCCCCCAGUGAGCGGAACGCGAACUCAUACUUCUCCCCUACGGAAACUCCGUCGACACGCUCCAGUUCCCAAUCCGGGUUCUCGUUUGGACGCCAAAACACCAACUCGACCAGUGCAUCGACUGUUUGGAAUGAGGAGUCGAACCGUUACACUGCACCAGCCUUGUCCCGGGGUACCUCAAGAGACGGUACGACCCCGACUGGAUACUUUCCCCCCCAUCUCAACCAAAUGGACGGGGGCCAACCGCCGCCCACGGGAACUGCUCAGCGCCUGCGCUCGGCCAGUAGUCCUGACAUCCACCAUCAUAACAAUGCUCCUCCCGAAUCCCGUCGCUACAUGGGAGUUCAUACCAUGCAGACUGUUGACAAUGUGCCAGUGCCACCCAUUCCGGCACAUAUGGCCAAUAUGAAGGCCCCCGUCAACCGCAGCCAGAACAACUCUCCCACCAACAGUCAGCUUCCGAUUCGGUCGCAACCUAACAUCCAUACCACACAAUUCACCGAGCCAGAAUACAACGAAGCUCGUACUUCGGGGCAGGUCUCCGAACAAGCUACGUCUCCCUUGACCCAAGAGCCUGAUGGGGACCCAUUCAUGCCGACGCAGCUCAAGGCUAAGGUGAACUUUGACGACAACUACGUCACGCUGGUGAUUGCGACCAAUAUUUUGUUCCGUUCGCUGACGGAUCGUGUGGAUGCCAAGCUGGCCCGUUUCACGAACCGAUCGAUUGGCAAUAAGACGGUCCGACUGCGGUACCGCGACGAGGAUGGCGACUUUGUGACCAUUGACAGUGACGAGGCGGUUCAACUGGCCUUUAUGGAAUGGCGGGAGCAGCACCGGGACAUACUUGCCAAGGGCAUGGUGGGUGAAAUCCAGCUGUAUUGCCAAGUGGUCGAUUAG